AUGUCUUUGUACUUCAAGUUUUCACACCAUCAUAUCUUCUGCAGUUGUUCUUGGUUGAAGACAAUGUCGGAUGAGGAAAGAGAGGAGAGGGAGUUGGAUCUCACCUCUCCUGAAGUCGUCACUAAGUACAAAUCAGCUGCUGAAAUUGUUAACAAGGCAUUGCAGUUGCUGUUGUCUGAAUGCAAGCCGAAAGCUAAGAUUGUUGACAUCUGUGAGAAAGGGGAUUCUUUCGUCCGAGAGCAAACAGGAAAUAUGUACAAGAAUGUGAAGAAAAAGAUUGAAAGGGGUGUGGCAUUCCCUACUUGCAUUUCGGUUAAUAACACAGUCUGCCAUGUUUCUCCGCUGGCCAGUGAUGAGACUGUGUUGGAAGAGGGUGACGUGUUAAAAAUUGAUAUGGGGUGUCACAUAGAUGGUUUUAUUGCGGUUGUUGCGCACACCCAUGUUCUUCAGCAAGGACCAGUUACGGGAAGAGCAGCUGAUGUCAUUGCUGCUGCAAAUACUGCUGCAGAGGUUGCUUUGAGGCUGGUCAGGCCGGGGAAAAAUAACAAAGAUGUUACUGAAGCAAUUCAGAAAGUUGCUGCUGCUUAUGACUGCAAGAUUGUGGAAGGGGUGCUCAGUCAUCAAAAGAAACAAUUUGUAAUUGAGGGAAACAAGGUUGUAUUGAGUGUUUCAGCCCCAGAAACAAGAGUAGAUGAUGCUGAGUUUGAGGAGAAUGAGGUUUAUGCUAUCGAUAUAGUUACAAGCACUGGUGAAGGCAAGCCCAAGUUAUUGGAUGAGAAACAGACAACCAUUUAUAAGAGAGCUGUUGAUAAGAGUUACCAUCUAAAGAUGAAAGCAUCUCGAUUCAUAUAUAGUGAGAUAAACCAGAAGUUUCCAAUAAUGCCGUUUACUGCUAGGGCUUUGGAAGAAAAGCGCGCUCGACUUGGCCUAGUAGAAUGUCUUAAUCAUGACCUCUUGGAGCCAUAUCCUGUUCUUCAUGAGAAGCCUGGUGAUCUAGUUGCACACAUCAAGUUCACUGUUUUGCUAAUGCCAAAUGGGUCGGACCGCAUCACAUCCCAUUCUCUACAGGAAUUGCAGCCUACUAAAACAGUAGAUGACCCUGAGAUAAAAGCCUGGUUAUCUUUAGGCACGAAGAUGAAGAAGAAAGGUGGAGGGAAGAAGAAAAAAGGUAAGAAAGCAGAUGAGGCGGCCAAUGAAGAAACCAAGGAUGAAAAUUCACAUGGAUGA